AUGACUUCCACACAAGCUCUCGUCCUCCACGGCGCCAAAGAUCUCCGUCUGGAAUCACGAUCCAUCUCCCCUCCCACAGGCUCUGACGUCCAAGUCGCCAUCCGCGCCACCGGUCUCUGCGGCUCAGAUCUUCAUUACUACAGCCACGGCCGCAAUGGCGACUUCGUUGUGCGCGAGCCCAUGUGCCUGGGCCACGAGUCCUCGGGUACCGUGACCGCUGUCGGACCAGACGUGACUACCCUGCAGGUCGGCGAUCGUGUGGCCCUCGAGGUCGGACUCCCCUGUCGCAACUGCACGCUCUGCCGCACCGGCCGCUACAACAUCUGCGCCAACAUGAAGUUCCGCAGCAGCGCCAAGAGCUUCCCCCAUCUCGACGGCACGCUCAUGGAGCUCACCAACCACCCGGCCGAGAUGUGCCACAAGCUGCCCGACACCGUCUCCUACGCCGGCGGCGCCCUCGUCGAGCCGCUCGCCGUCUGUCUGCACGCCAUCCGCCGCUCACACCCGCCCACACCCGCCGAGGUCGAGCUGGCCCGCUCCCUCGGCGACUCCUCCGCGGCCCUAAUCUUCGGCGCCGGCGCCAUCGGCCUCCUCCUCGCCGCCGCCCUCGCCACCUCCCAGCCCUUCACCUCCAUCGUCGUCGCGGACAUCGACCCGGCCCGCCUCCGCAUCGCCGAGUCGCUCAACCUCGGCCUCCAGACCCAUCUCCUGCCCAAGGGCGAUCCCGCACACCCACCCCCGCCCGCCACCGCCCCGAACGCCGACCACGUCGCCCACGCCCUGCAGAGCGCGCAGCGUACCGCAGCCGCGCUGAAAAACGCGCUGGGGGUGGGCGCCGGCUUCGUGCGCGUGUACGACUGCACCGGCGUGCCAGCGUGCGUGCAGGCGGGGAUCUAUGCAGCGGCGCCGGGCGCCGUGCUCGUGCAAAUCGGCAUGGGCAAUCCCGUGCAGACGCUGCCGGUGGGGGCGGCGGCGCUGCGCGAGGUCGAUAUCAUCGGCGUGUUUCGGUAUGAUGGGCUUGCGUACCCGGCGGCGAUUGAGCUGGUGGCGAGUGGGAAGCUGGAUCAUGUGGAGAAGCAGGUCGUGACGCAUCGGGUGAAGCUGGAGGAGGGGGAGCGGGCGUUUAGUCUGGCUGGGAAGGGGGUGGAUGAGGAGGGGAGACCGGUUGUGAAGGUUGUGAUUGAGAGCUAG